AUUUGUACGAAUAAUUAUCACCAACUGUUAUCUCAAAACGAUUUUCCCGCGUAAAACGACUAAGUUUUUAUUUGUCAUGAAAUACAAAAAAUAUCGUGACUACUCUUAUUGAAAAUUUUAAAAUUUUCAAUUAUUAUUAUAUUUGUUAUUCAUCAGCACAAUGGAAAUUUCUAAACAUUUUAUUAGUAUUCUAAAGUCUAUUGAAUACCACAUUGGUCAUUUGCCCAAAGAUGUGUUGGCACACGAAGGACAAUUACCUGAAUUGCGGCCUAUUUUCACUUGGUUUCUUAAUAAUAUUUCCCCUAAAAAUAAUUGUGUUACUCCUAAAGAUAUAGCAUUGUUUACAUCUCUAUCAUCUAAGUAUGAUAUUUCAUCAUUAGAUAAAGUAUCUAGUGCAAUCAAUAAAUAUUACGAUAAAUCAACUAAAGAUACACCCAUUACACCUGUUGAUUUAGAAACAUUAGAGGAAAUGAUUUUCAAAUCUGAUUUAGAAUUAAACUAUCUUAAAGACCAAAAUGAUAUUUAUAAAAAAAAAAAAGAAAACAUUAACUUUGAAAUUGUUGAAUUGGAAAAAGAAGAAAAGAAAUCUUUUAAAUCUUAUGUUACAAUGAUUAAUGACAUCGAGUCAGUUAUGAAUAAUUUUACUGAAGGUCUGGAUAAUUUUAGUAACAACAUAUUGAAGCUACAAAACCAUACAAAAAAUAUAUUAUAUGAUGAUGACUGUCUCACCAAGUUAGCAGCUAAAAAAUUAACAGAGAUAGCAGAUUCAUGGCGUCUUCAAAUUUUAAAAAUGAUAGAUCUUUGGUUUGAAGAUAAAGAUUCUUCUCCAGAAGAAAUUGAUUUUUAUUUAAAAAAUAUUAGUCAACUUAGUUUAGUUACUAAAAGUAUUGAAUGUCUGAAGAAUGCAGAAUAUUUAAUUAAAUGCUAUUGUUUAAAUUUAAACACUACCAUACAAAACUUAUUUAAUGUAAUCAAUAUGAUAAAAGAAAACAAAGAGAAUUUGGAUCUGAACAAUCUUAAUAUAACUAGUUUUUUACAUAUAUUAAGUAAAUCACAAACCCUACCUCAAAUCACUAUCAAUGAAAUAAACCCUAUGUCUGAUGUAUCUCAUAUAGUGUUAGCUGACACCAAAAACAAAAUGAAUCAGUUAGAUACUAUGUUGAAACAAAUAACUUUUAUUGAGGAGUCUAUAGAACAUUAUAUAAUAAUGUGUGAUGUUUUAUGGUGUCUUAUGAGAACAGACUGUUCUUUAGCAAAUGUUAAAUGUGAACUUAUUUUACGGUGUGCUGAAUUGUUAGAUAAACUACUGUCAGACAUUGUAAAAUCAGAAGACAUGACUCUUCAAAUUAAUAAAUUAAUGAAAGAGAAUAGUAAUAAAAGUAAUCAAGAAAUAUUUAUUAAUAAGGAAAUAAAUUUCAAUGGUUACACACAGUAUUUGAAUAAAUACAGCGAGAAUGCUGAAUUUACGCAUCUUUUACAAUUUGUACAAAAAUGGAAAAGCAAGUAUCAUUAUACUAGAGACGAAUGCAAUAAACUUAUCAAUCUUCAAAAUUCUAUUAAUAAAUGCAAUGAGAUGAUCAAUGGUUUGAUGUUAAAUUAAUAUUUAUA